AUGGAGAACGCAGAUGAGGAUUUGAAGUUAUUAAUCACUGAAAUAUGUUACCUCGCUAAAUCUCUAAAUCUCUUCUAUCACUUGGAACUUGCUGUGGAAUUGCUGCACGAGUGGGAGAUAAGCGAUUCAUUCAACCUUCGUAGAAGUGCCGAAAGAGAAAUGUGGCUCCAAGGCGAACGAGCUUUCCGUAAAGUGAUCUACAUUUAUAUAUUCUUUUGUUUGCUAACAGUGUUCUUAGCCAUCGGGUCUACUACCCUCAGCGGAACACCCACUUUGUUAUACCAGUUUUGGUUGCCAGCCAAAUGGCGCGAAUACAAUAUUUGGCCAGCUUUCUUCUACGAAAGUUUGUCAUUGAACUUUAAUUGCAUGUGCAAUGUGGUGCUCGAUUCGUUCCAAUGUUAUUUACUAUAUCAUUUGUCACUGUAUACACGUUUGAUUGGGAUGCGGAUGGAGCGACUGGGCUAUGAGAAAACUAAUGUGGAGACUACCAGUUCGCUCGAGAACAUAAUAGAUAUGCAUCAGCGGCUCAAAGCGUGA